AUGUUUAUGAAUUUCAUUAAAGAAGCCAUAUGUGAUAAUAACGAUGAAGUGUAUAAAUACCUUCUCGGCUGGAUUGCCUCAAUGAUUCAACAUCCUGGAAUCAAGAAUGAAACAGCAAUUAUUUUGAAAGGACUUCAGGGAACAGGUAAAAACAGAUUUACAGACAUUAUUUCUGAACUUCUCGCUGGUUAUUCAUGUAAAAACAUUACUGAAAUAGGUGAGCUAACGGGUAAUUUCAAUUCAGUAGUUGAGAAUAAAAUGUUUCUUGUACUUAAUGAACUCAAGAAUGUUGGUGAAGAUAGACUCGCAAACUUCAACGCUUUGAAAUCAAUUAUUACGGAUAAUGAGAUUAGAAUUAAUGAAAAGAAUCAACCCAGAAGAACUGCUCAGAAUGUUGCCAAUUUCAUUUUGGUAACUAAUAACGUCUACCCUGUCAAAAUUGAAGUUGGAGACAGAAGAUAUGUAGUUUUAAGAGUUAAUGGUAAAUUCAAGGGUCAAUUUGAUUACUUCAAGAAUUUAAUGGAUUCAUGCACAAAGGAAUUUUAUGAUAACCUUUUAACAUAUUUUAUGCAAUAUGACCUUUCAUCAUUUAAUGUACGAAUCAUACCGAUGACUGAAGCCAAACAAGAUUUAAUAGAAUUAUCAACAAAUCCUUUAGAUGUAUGGAUAAAUACACAUUAUGAUGAACUGUGCGCAGGUAUGACAUGUAAAAAUGCUCUAUUCUGCAAACCAUCAGACAUGAAAGACAAGAAUUUCCAAAUGAGUAUUAAGGAUAAAUGUGAUAGGAAACAGAGAAGAAUAGAUGGUAAACAAACAUGGUGUUAUGUUUUGAAAGAAGAAAUGAAAGGAUUAUAUAAACAGGUUGAACCAAACGAUAAUGAGGAUUCAUUUACUGACGAUGAAAUACCUGUAAAUGAAGCUUUAUAA